GAGGCCGCGGCAGCUGUCAGGCUGAAGUCCAGACAGCGACGCGCGGCAAGGGUGACUGGAGGAAGCGCGGCGCCGGACCGGGCCCUGGAGAUGGUCCCCGGCGCCGCGGGCUGGUGGUGUCUCGUGCUCUGGCUCCCCGCGUGCGUCGUGGCCCAUGGCUUACGCAUCCAUGACUAUUUGUAUUUUCAAGUCCUGAGUCCAGGGGACAUUCGGUACAUCUUCACAGCCACACCUGCCAAGGACUUCGGUGGUAUUUUUCAUACAAGGUAUGAGCAGAUCCACCUUGUUCCUGCUGAACCUCCCGAGGCCUGUGGGGAACUCAGCAACGGUUUCUUCAUCCAGGACCAGAUUGCUCUGGUGGAGAGAGGGGGCUGCUCCUUCCUCUCCAAGACCCGGGUGGUCCAGGAGUACGGCGGGCGGGCAGUGAUCAUCUCUGACAACGCAGUUGACAAUGACAGCUUCUAUGUGGAGAUGAUCCAGGACAGUACCCAGCGUACAGCUGACAUCCCUGCCCUCUUCCUGCUCGGCCGAGAUGGCUACAUGAUCCGCCGCUCCCUGGAACAGCACGGGCUGCCAUGGGCCAUCAUUUCCAUUCCAGUCAAUGUCACCAGCAUCCCCACCUUUGAACUGCUGCAGCCGCCCUGGACCUUCUGGUAGAAGAGUUGGUCCCACAUUCCCGCCAUAAGCAACUCUGGGCUGGGAAGAGGAAACCCAGGCGUUCUGCCGUCUAAGCUUUGGGAAUUGCAUUUGGGGGAAAGAGAAGCCAGGUAGAAGACACAGGCUUGAGCCAGGGUAGGCUACAGGAAGCAGCGGGGCUGCCCUUCCCUGUCCCGGGCUCCCAAGGGUUUCUCAUGCGCACAGAAGCAGCAAGAACCAGACCUCAGAACUUGUUUAGAAUCUGGAACGGAAAAGGCAGUGACCUGAGGGUCAUCGGUGACCUGUCAAAUCGCACCAGGCUCCCCCACCGAGGGUCACCUCACAAUGACCUUCAGCAGUUGCUGGAGUAGUUUAAGGAGCUGAUGUCUGGGGACUCCAUGACCCUCUUUUUAGCAAUAAAGCCUCUCAUCAGG